AUGUCGGCCAAAAUCGCGAAGGGCACCAACUCAGUGAGCCGGGAGUACGGUAAGAUCCGCAUUUAUAUCGACAACUCAAACCUAUGGAUCGAGGGUCAGAAGGCAUACGCCAAAAGAGAGCGCCUACAAACCUCAUGGGAUCCUGUGUGGCGCUUCGACGUCGGCCGCCUCAAGACGAUCCUGACGGAACAGUCAGGGCUGCGACGGGAGGAGAGGGACUACACCGUGGAGGUGAGGCUGUAUGGGUCAACGCCUCCGCCCGCCGACACCGUCUGGAAGGCUAUCGAGUCCCGCAAUGUGCAGGUGAGCACCUUUGCGCGGAGCUCAUGGACGGGGCGUGAGAAGGAGGUCGAUGCCGAGGUGAUUGCCGAUUCCGUGGACGAGGCGAGGGAGGACUACCCUGCCUGCGUACAUGUUUGGUCGUGGAGGGAUGCUCUGGCCCAUAUUUACAAGGCAAAGGAGGAAGACCGCGUCACGGUGCAUUAUCUCGAUAAUUACCUGAACGAGAUCGGCUUCCGCGAAACUAGUUUCCGCAUCGACCGGAGUGCCAUCGAUCCACACAGCGUAGUUGUGCUAGACGCUCUCGCAAACGAGAUCAAUAAGUUCGUCGAGAGCCUAACAAUUCCCGUCUACCGGUACGUCAUUCCCAGAGACGACAAUGCGGACUGGAGAGCUCUGGCCAUCAUACCAGCCUUCUCCGGGAUGUCGUUCACGGAUAAAGAGAGGAUAUUCACGGCGGCAUAUACCUGCCUCUCAGAAAAACAUGAGCUGCGCGUUCUCACGUGGCUGGAGUAUAAUCAGCGCAGGGCCCAAGAUGCUGAAAUUGUGGUAGAGACCUCUAAUAGUUUUGGGGAGCUACCCGGAGGCGAACUCCCAGAGGAUAAAAACCAGGCUGAACCCGAAGCGAAUGGUGAUCAGGACCCUUUCACCGACAUGAACUACCCCUUCAAGAAGAAGAAAGCUCGCCAGAGGAAUAUCGAGCAGAAAUCUCGCCAGCGCUGUGAUUGGAGAUUGUACUGUCGACGCGAGCUCGACUGCAAGUACGGCUAUACGAAGGGCGAGGAGGCAUACUUCACGCUUAGUGGGAGCAAGAAGCCAAGAAAUUUCAAGCUCUGCAAUAACAAGGACUGCAUCCGGGGUGCGACUUGCGCCUUUGCGCAUGGCGAGGCGGAGUUGUUUUGCCCGACCUGCGGGAAGACGGGCGCUAGACAUGAGAUGCGGGAUUGCCCCGAGAGUGACCGGAACGCACACAAAUAUUACUAG